UUCAAAUGCAUUUCUUUAACGCUCUGUAAUACUUAGAAAAGUUUGUGUGCAGCGAGUGUUCUUUGGCGUUUUAGGUAGGCUAAUUCAGUCUAGGUGGCAAAAAAUCUCAAGGAAUCCAAUGACGCGCGCGACGCCUUUUCAGCACCACGGACAGUUCCACGCGCGCAUAGCGUUUCCGAGGAGCGCGCUCAAUGCAAACUUCACCCGCUGAAUGAAACCUGGAUUCCACUGCUGGAAUUCAGCCAUAUGUUUUAAAUUCAACAUUAGAGUAAUACGAAACUGUAUGCGAGGAUACGGACUUCUAACCGGAUGUCUUUACGUAGAUCCGCCAGGAAUCUGUCGAUGAGAGGUGAACUGGACAGGUCAGAUUGUGAUCUUCACUAACUCCACAAACAAGCAGGAGAUGGCGAUGAUGCUUGAGUUUGCCCAUGCCUGCUUACAAGCGCACUGAAGUGUCUGAAGUCUUUCCUUUAGCACGGCUUGAGCCCAAUCCCUUUCCAACAAGUGAGACUGCUAAAUAGGGAUUGACCUGUAAAGUAUCCAGAUCAUGGCUCAGAGGUCAGCUCAUUUCAGAGGUCACGGCCCCUCCUGGCCACUUCAUCUCACUCUACUGCUGCUUCUAUUGGCCAGGACACCCCAGGCUUUGGCUGUCCCAGGUUACAACACUGACACCUCCAAGAAAGAUAUCAUAAUGGAGGGGGACCUGGUGAUUGGAGGCCUGUUUCCUGUUCAUCAAAAGGGGGAGGGGGCUCAGGACUGUGGCCGAAUCAAUGCACAAAGAGGGAUUCAGAGACUGGAGGCGAUGCUGCUAGCCCUGGACAAGAUCAAUCAAGAUGAUCAGAUUUUGCCCGGGGUAACGUUAGGUGCCCACAUUCUGGACACUUGCUCAAAGGACACGUAUGCGCUGGAGCAGUCUCUCGAAUUUGUGCGCGCUUCGCUUACAAAAGUGGACGAUAGUGAGUACACGUGUCCGGAUGGAUCCUACGCCAUCCAUGAUGAUGUUCCACUCGCAAUCUCUGGAGUGAUCGGAGGCUCCUACAGUGAUGUAUCCAUACAGGUACUGUUUCCCGUCUCCUAUAUUGUGAUCUUCACUAACUCCACAAACAAGCAGGAGAUGGCGAUGAUGCUUGAUAUCCAGAUCAUGGCUCAGAGGUCAGCUCAUUUCAGAGGUCACGGCCCCUCCUGGCCACUUCAUCUCACUCUACUGCUGCUUCUAUUGGCCAGGACACCCCAGGCUUUGGCUGUCCCAGGUUACAACACUGACACCUCCAAGAAAGAUAUCAUAAUGGAGGGGGACCUGGUGAUUGGAGGCCUGUUUCCUGUUCAUCAAAAGGGGGAGGGGGCUCAGGACUGUGGCCGUAUCAAUGCACAAAGAGGGAUUCAGAGACUGGAGGCGAUGCUGCUAGCCCUGGACAAGAUCAAUCAAGAUGAUCAGAUUUUGCCCGGGGUAACGUUAGGUGCCCACAUUCUGGACACUUGCUCAAAGGACACUUAUGCGCUGGAGCAGUCUCUCGAAUUUGUGCGCGCUUCGCUUACAAAAGUGGACGAUAGUGAGUACACGUGUCCGGAUGGAUCCUACGCCAUCCAUGAUGAUGUUCCACUCGCAAUCUCUGGAGUGAUCGGAGGCUCCUACAGUGAUGUAUCCAUACAGCUACUCUUUUUGUACCAAGGAUUGAUGCUGCCAGAGAGAAAGCUUCCUGGAAAACUCCCACCGGUGUCUUUGGCCUUCCUAAUGAAGCUGCUGUUGCAUGAGAGUCUCUGCAUUUAUAAAGCUAUAGCUGAGAUCCUGCGCUAUUUUAACUGGACUUACGUCUCCACAGUUGCCUCAGAGGGCGAUUACGGCGAGACAGGUAUCGACGCCUUUCAGCAAGAGGCCCGGGCCUUGCAAAUCUGCAUCGCUACGUCCGCCAAGGUCAGUCGCUCCAUGGACCGCUACAGUUACGACGGAGUAAUCAGAUCUCUGUUGCAGAAAUCCAAUGCUAAAGUAGUAAUCCUCUUCACCAGAAGUGAAGACGCAAGAGAGCUCCUGGUUGCAGCAAAGCACAUGAACGUGUCCUUCAUCUGGGUGGCCAGUGAUGGUUGGGGGGCGCAGGAGAGUGUGGUGAGAGGGAGUGAAAAUGUAGCGGAUGGAGCUUUUACCAUUGAGCUCGCAUCUUAUCUGAUCCCUGAAUUUGCAACAUACUUCACAAACCUCAAUCCUUACAACAACACACGCAACCCCUGGUUCAGAGAGUUCUGGGAAAAUAGCUUUCAGUGCAGCCUGCAUGACAUUAAUUGUGGGAAGCAUUCUCUCCGGGAUGGCAAAUUCGAGCAGGAGUCCAAGAUCAUGUUUGUGGUGAAUGCUGUCUUUGCUAUGGCCCAUGCCCUUCACAACAUGAGGCAAGCAGUGUGUUCAAACACCACCAAACUCUGCAGUGUCAUGAAACCAGUCAAUGGAAAAAAGCUGUACAAGGACUACAUCCUGAAGACAAAAUUUGAGGCUCCAUUUCGCCCAGUUGAUACAGAGAACAAUGUUUACUUUGAUGCUUAUGGAGACAGUCUGGGCCGCUACAACAUCUUCCAUUAUCACAAAGAGAAUGACGAAUACGUAUAUAGGAAAGUGGGAUACUGGGCUCAGGAUUUAACUCUGAACACAAGCCUGAUUCCUUGGGAAAGCCAAGUGGUGCCCACGUCCCAGUGCAGCGACCCAUGUAGGAAAAAUGAAAUAAAGAGCAUGCAGCCAGGUGAUGUUUGCUGUUGGAUUUGCAUCCCCUGCCAGCCCUACCAAUACCUUCUGGAUGAAUUCACCUGUGCGGAUUGUAGCUUCGGACAGUGGCCUUUGGACAAUCUCACGGGGUGUUACAAUUUACCCGAGGAGUACAUUCAUUGGGAGGACGCUUGGGCUGUUGGGCCGGUCACCAUUGCUUGCCUUGGCAUGCUCUGCACACUCUUUGUCAUUGGCCUCUUCUUAAAGAACAAUGAGACACCGGUGGUGAAAGCUAGUGGACGUGAGCUCUCCUAUAUUCUUCUCAUAGGUGUCCUACUUUGCUAUUUCAUGACCUUCAUCUACAUCAGCAAACCUUCUGCCGUAGUGUGCACGUUACGGCGGCUUGGCCUGGGAACUUCCUUCGCCGUUUGCUACUCCGCGUUGCUGACCAAGACCAAUCGCAUCGCUCGGAUUUUCAAUGGCGUUAAAGAUGGAGCUCAAAGGCCGAGGCUCAUCAGUCCAGCUUCACAGGUGGCCAUCUGUGCUGCUCUUAUUUCCUGUCAGCUCCUGGUAGUGGUGGUCUGGCUUCUGGUUGAGGCUCCUGGGGUGAGAAAGGAGGUCAGUCCUGAAAGAAGAGACGUGGUGACAUUGAAGUGCAACAGCAAGGACUCUAGCAUGCUGAUGUCUUUAACCUACAACUGUGUCCUCAUCAUCUUCUGUACCUUUUACGCCUUUAAGACUCGAAAGUGCCCAGAGAACUUCAAUGAAGCCAAGUUCAUCGGCUUCACCAUGUACACCACGUGCAUAAUCUGGCUGGCUUUCCAGCCAAUCUUCUAUGUUACUGCCAGUGACUAUAGGGUACAGACCACUACCAUGUGCAUCUCUGUGAGUCUGAGCGGUUCAGUAGUGCUGGGCUGCCUCUUCGCUCCAAAGAUCCACAUCAUCCUCUUUCAGCCCCAGAAGAACGUGACCACACUCAGAGUGGCCACCACUCGAUUCAGUGUGGCCACUGGCCCUGGCUCCAGCUUCUCUCAAGCCUCGGCCUCCAACAUCGUGCCUACAGUAUGUAAUGGCAGAGAGGUAGUGGACUCAACAACAUCCUCACUCUGAGAAACAGGAUUCCUGUUUGAUUGCCAAAUGCGGUAUACAGAUAAAUCUUAUCUUCACUAGUCAUGAAAUCAAGUGUUUGCUAAUGUUGAGGAGGCUAUUCGGAAUAAAGAAUGCCUGUUAUGUUGUUCUCAACGUGCUGUGAGUACAAUAUCCCAUUUUGUUUCUCUCUCUCUUUCUCUCUCUGACUAGUUAGAUAAUAUCAGUAGGA